UCGCAAUCUCUUGAAUAUGCAAGUGCACGUACUAGGGGAAUCGAUCAAUGUCUCUGCAAGUAGUCACUACUUCUGAAAAUGCCGUGCUCGUUGGUUUGAAGUCUACCAAAAUAAAGUAAGUUGAACGGACGCCACGGACAAAUUCCUUGUGAAUGUCAUUGCCGUAGGAGCAAAAUUGAUAAAAAAUGUCCUGUCGUGGUCCUCCUCUUUCCUCUACCUAGCCUUAGAAAUAGCUGAAAGGCUAGUGCUUUGGCUCUAUAGACAUAUUCUUUUGUUUGAGAGAAUAUAAGGGUCUUGGUCUUCAUCUUCGGUUUUAAUCAUCUUUCUCGUGAAUGUCAUUGCCGAUUGCGAUACCAUAAUAAGGAUAAAAGAAGCACAACCUCCUCCAUGACGAACAUGACGAUUUCCGACGGGGCGGGAGCGACUUCUUCGACGUCGAUGUUUUCGGCGAUUGCAAGUCGAAACCGGUGUCUGGCGCUGCACCAGCUCCGAGAGGACGCUGACUGCGAUGCGCUUGUCGUCGUUUUGGGUUCCGACGCUCGCGCGCAUCGAGGCUCUGAGUUAGUCUUCCUCUACAGCAUCCUCGGUUUUGUGGGUCCGGAGUUGGCACUACGAGAGCUGGAUUUCGAUGAGAUUCCCAAAGAACUACUGGCGCGCCACGCGCUUGGAAGAAGUAAGCUGUUUCUUGCGGAGCCGACGAGUACCAACAACACAUCCUCGACAACAAGCACUACAGAGGAUGCGAGUGCUGCUGAUAGUGUUGGCGUCGUGGACAAUGACAGCAAGCAGUUACGAUGCAGAGACUGCUACGUUCUUUUCUACGUUUAGUCUGCUCUAACUAAAUCAGUAUCUCUCACAACAAUUUGAACUUCUUAUCUUCCAUGAUCGUCAUUCUUGAGUGUCUGGAAUUGUUUUUACGCUAUCUCUGAUGUGGUCAGGCAUGGUUCUCUAACUAAAUCAGUAUCAUCUCUUACACUGACUCCUGAUCACGACCAGCACACAUAGCAACUACCACAGGGACGCAAUCAUCUAUCAUGCAUCUACUUAAUCUCUAAGACGGCUGGUUUUUGACCUGGGGGCUGCAGAACGGAUCAGCGAUGCAUAUUAUGAGCAGCAGAGGGUCAAGGAAAUAAUCCGCAGAGAUGAUAUCAAGAAUGACAUUUUUGCGGGAACCCAUUGCAGCAACGCUGCAAUUUCCAGCUCCGAAGAGGACGAAGUCGGUGCUGGAGGUUAAGGCCCCGAAUAAAGAGAUCGAGGAACGUGGAGUAGCUAGAUGUAGAAGAUCAUAAAAAGAUAUUAGCAGGAAAAACAGGAUGCCGAUUCACCAAAGACAAAUUAUUCGAACAUGAUGUUGCAGCUGGCUACUUUGGCUGCUACUUCGAGUUCGAACUACGGCAAGAGCAACAAGGAUGUUACGCAUCAAGCAGCCACAGCAUCUAGUAUCAAGCUAAUAUUUAUAAUAUAUUUUAUAAGUAGCUCUUCUAAUCUUCAGGAAGUGCUGCUGCAUCUACAGGUGGCAUGAGGAGGGCGUUCGGCACGUGUCUCAGCGACUGGGAUGAAGUUUUCUUUGUGUUCCAUAAACAUCGCAAUUUCGUGUUCGUGCCGAACCAUACGAUCGCAAGAGCACUCGCGACCGUUUGCGCCCUAUGGCCGAAUCUAGAGAUUAGGUGUUGUGCCGAGUGGCCCUCCGACUACGAGUCGAAGCAGUUCUUCCUGACAGAUCCAAAGGGAUGGCGCGAAAAACGCUUAGGAGAUCGGUACGACGAGAUCAAGAUUCGCGCCUUCAUAGAGGCGCUCAACUAUCCGGACGGAUUCGGUGUAAAGAAGGCUCAAAGUAGCCCAUAUGGAUGCGGGAAGGGUACAGUAAAUGUCUUUGAAUACAUCCCACCUGGUGCUGGCAGGAUUUUCCGUUUACUCUUAGGCGAUGAAGAAGAUAUCAUUCUCAACGUCAACCUCUUUCUCAUUAUAGUCUCCUUUUGAUAGAUAAGAUCGCCAAACUAACUACACAUCAGAAUACUGCCGCUCGGUUGGUGUUUUCGGGUCAGACGUGGAGCAGUGGCCCCUCGUCCAGGCCUAUGCGUUGGAUGAUUUCGGAAAUCAUGGAUUUCUCUCUAUGAACAAGACGGUACGGAACUUGGAGAGCGAACUCGAACACAUUUUCGCCGUGUCAGACUGGCAAUGGUGCGCCCGCGUUCUCUCCAGCCAGGAGAGUCUAAAGGCAGCAUUUGUGGAAGCAGUGAGCAAUCGAUUCAACGCGGAAGCUUGUAUGCAGCACAGUGAGUACGGAGAAAUGAACCACAUUGAGCUGAUGGAGCUUCUACCAGCCAGAGGAGCAGCUACUGCGAUGAGGGAAAAGUCUUCAGAUCAUCAAAAGCUGCAACAAGCAUCCUCGACUUUCACCGACAAAUCCACACACGUUGUCCACGAGGUGGUCUGUCCGACCUGGAGGACGUACUUUGCAAGGACAGUACCUAAACUUUCGACUUCUCCGGCAGAUAGUUCAUCUUCACCUUCUUAAGGCUAGUUUUGCACUGUGGUCCCGUGUGGACUAACUACUUAUGCUGUGAAAAGAAGUGUCCCCUGACUUAGGGGGGAAAAUCAAAAUAGGGGAAAAGUGAAAAGUAGAGGGGAAACCACUCAAGCAACCAGGCAUAGUGAAAACAAGCGCUAAUCUUUGUCUCUUCUAUCUGACAUUGUGCUUGCGCGUCAUUGCGUUGAGGCUUUCACGAGCGGACCGAGCGGCCCAUUUCCGGUUUUUGACGUUGGUGGAGCAAGCGACGCCGCAUCUUCUUCAGAAGAUGGAAUGUCACUGCGAUAUCGCGCGUGGCUUCCAAUAGGUGCAGACCAGGCUGCGAGAAUUGAUGCCGUUCGAGUCCGGAAAAUCGAUGCUUUUGGUUUCGUCUUGUCGCCAGAAGUGACGAGUGCUGGAGUUGGAGUAGGUGCCAGUGAUGAUCCUGCAUCUGUGAAAUCUCAAGCGCUCCCCAUCGACGGCGCAGAAUCGGGAAUCUCGCUAGUUAGCGUUCGAGUGCGUGUAGGUGAGGCGAUCUGGGGUGACAGUUUCCUGUAUGUCCGCAGCUCUCCGCGUGCUCCUGCGGAAGUCGUGAGACUAUCUUGUGACAACUUUCCUGCGCCCUUUUUCCUCAAUGCGCAGCUGUUGCCCGCAAAAUCCGAAGGACACAACAAUCAGCUCGAUGGUGGAAUGCUGGGACUCACCCCUCCUUCAUCAGCGGAGAAAAAGUUAAGGGUUGAGACACUUCAUUUUCACACGGGAUGUUCACGACUUCACCUUGUUAAGUACUUAGAAAUGUUGAAAUGCUUCAAUUUUUUCUAAAACAGGAAUUCGACUACGCUGCUGAGGAGAGGGCAGUUGCCUCCGAUGUUCUGGGCUUUUCAGACCCGGACGCUUUUUCAAAGGCGCCGCUCGCAAGCAGCACUGACGAUGUGCUGGUCGCUCUUUGCUUACCCACAGCUGUUGGAUCUGUCGAAUGUGACGACUCCUCCUUGCUGUGCCUGGGUUCCGGCUUAGUGUUAAGGGCAGGCUAAAUGUGUUCCUGUAUCUGUAAUCGUUUGUUUUGCCUCUCCCAAUGGAAAAACGGCAGAACAAACGGAAAAGAGAAACACCAAGACCCUACCUCUAAUGUUGGAUUUGAAGUCCAAAACCUCUAGUUUGGCGCUUUUCCCAAGUCGCGUUUUGCGGUAUCAGUCGCGCGAUACAGCUGGAAGCCGCUUUCUGCUCCGGGUUGUUGCUGAUGAAGCCGCGGUCUUCGAGGUCCCCGGUUCCGGCUUCGUGUAUUGCAAAGCCACAUCACUCUCUACGUCAUCGUCUUCGUCUUUUACGGUCACGUGGGUUUUUUGAUUUUGGUGUUUCUACCAACGUUAGAAGUCUUGCUCUGGCCUUUCUUAGGGGAGAAGGGCAGAGCUAAUGGAGUAAACUGAGACCUCCGACAUCGUAUCUCUAAUUCAGCGACGCCUUCGACAUCAGGAGGUGGAACAUCGAGCCAAGGUUUCGAGUUCUUCGUUCGCUUACCAAGUAGUUGGCUCUCCCUUCUUGAUCUGCGUGUGGGCUCCACUCUCGCGGCCGAUCCACGUCUUGUCUCCCUGGAGCGCAGUCUGCAUGCGCGCGAUCGACUCUCCCAAUUUGCUGCAAAGGGCACGGAAACCACCUUGAAGAACAUGACAGUCCCAAAGAACAACAGCGCAUCUCCAUCUUCCCCGAGUGACUCAGAUCAUGCCAGUCAAGUGGCUGUCUUUGACGAAAGUUUGACUGCAUUCAAGACAGCUGCAGUAUUUAGUGAUUCACAUCUCGCCCGCAUGCCUCCGAAUUCGCGGCGGGCAGUCUUCGGAAUCCCAAAGCAUAUGCUGCGAAAUGACAUUUAUGCAUCACCGCGUUCAACUUUUCCUGCUUAAGUAUUUCUACUUGUGAAUAAACUUAAACAUGCAUCAAUUCGAAUUCAAUUAGAAGUAUGUACUAAAUAUAGAUUUUGAUUUUUGUAAACCUCCAGAAAUACUAGAACUAGCAGGACUGAACUACAAAAUCACAACAGAAAUAAAUCUUCAUGUUGUCGACUCAUCUAAGGAUUUGACGCCACGACAGCAGUGCAACAGUUGUGGAUCAAUGUCCUUCCAGGCAGCGCAGAGGCCAGGUCAACGCGAAUUUGGGCUGAAAAGCUUGCGAGACGAACCGAGAGGCAAGUCCUUUCGCUUAGAGAAGUGUACCUGGAGGGUUUUAACAAUGGUUUUAACAAUGGUUUCAUCCGCGAGUUCAAUACAGACGAUAAGCUUGCGGCGGUGGCAAUGAACGCAAUCAUCGUCAACGACCUGGGACUGCCGCUUACGCCUCCUCCCAACGCCUACUGUGUAACAAAUCUGGCAGAUCUUGUACCCGUUUUUGCGCGUUGCCCCUAUCAUAUUAGUCCAUGGCUGCGAGCUUUGGUGCAACCGGGGUUCUGCCAUAUGGGACUGCUACCGAAUAAUCAACAAGGUUCAUCCGCAGAACAAUUUGGAGGAACAUGUACCACUAGGACAAGUACAAGUACAACUAGUUCUUCUCCUUCGUUGCGUGAAGCGCAGACGAUAAUGGAGCAAUGGGUAAAGACUGUGAACCCAGAGGUCAUUUUGACCCGUCCUUAUUUGCCAGAUGAGUAUUUCGCUUCGCGUUUACUAGGAGAAGCCUUGCGCAUUCCAUCCGACGCGGUUCGGCAGAGACUACUGUCACAGCCAGGGUGCCUGGAUCAGACGCCAGCAGAGUUAGCUGGCGCCCAACUUUUAUGGCGGCGGGUUUUGGGUGUUUCUGUUGCCGUUAGUUUUGCCUUUCUCGAACUCAAGGGAGGCAGGCAGAACUAAGGCUAAUGGGUGACGCUAACAUAAAGAUCCUACCGCUAAAACUUGUCUGCAUAUCCCUUCCUGCGGGAUCCUUGUAUGAGCGCAGCGCGUUUUUCGAAUUCCUGUGCAAAGAAAUGCAGACGAACAAGAAUCUUUUGUCCGUUGAAGUCCGGAACGUCAAGACUGCAGUGGUCAAGAAGAGAGGUAAGUACGCAAGUUUUUACAGUAUACUAUAUGUUGAAUAAUACACAUACAUAGAAAAAUUAAGUAAGCAAAUCCGAACCGUGUUGAUUUGUUCUAGUGACUACACUCAAAAUAGUACGAAGAUCAGCAAGAUCAUGAGCUGUGAUGAUACACCUUCAACCUGAACGUGGCGUAUACGUAUAUUUUUUUUACUUCUGAAAGAAUAUCAAUAUUUGAAUAAAUUUUUAGGUCUUCCAGCGGUUCACAGCGUCACUGCUAUGACGCUUGAUGCCAGUAUGAGCAAUGCUGAAGAGAUCAUUACAAGAUUAGAGGAUGACGAGCAAGUGCAAAAUAUUACCACUGAAGCAUCGACUACAGCCAAUGGCAAUAGUAGUAGUGCUGGCGCCAGCUCAUCUCUGGCAUUUUGGCUCCUUUCGCCUCGCACAGUAGAUUCGGAAAUCGGUAGGGAAGGAUCUUCGUCUUCACCGUGGAGUCAAGCGACGCGUUCCCGACUGGCACGAUAUUUGGCAGAACCAGUGGUCGACCAUGACCAUGUCCAGGAGCACCACCAAGGAACGAGCAGCUCCCCUACGUCUUCCUGUUCCUGCGUUCUUCGUCUUACUCCAGCUCUUCCAGUGGAGGUGAACGAUAUUGAGAUGCAAUUGAUUUCGCGUGACGAACCGUUGCCAGACGGUUUCUGGUUCGACGGAGAGCACUACGUGGACUUUACCGGGAAGAAACAGAAGAAGCAUCCGGAGUACCCGUCGAUCUUCGCAAAGGUGUCCGCGCGUCGCGUCGGAGAAGCGGCGGAAAAGAAUGUCAUGCUGAUACGCUUCAUGCAGGAACACGGCCUUCCCGUGUCAAACGCUUUUCGACAGUCUGCCUCAUUUAGCAGCAUUUAUGAUGCCACUACUUCUCAUUAAGAACUUCUCAUUGAGAUAACUUAUGGGAAUGUCGUUCCACAGUUGUAACACGGCAAAGGGGGGGAACGGCAUUCCCUUGUUAUGGACAUUCUCAAUGAGUGGAAGCAUUCACAGCACAGGAGCAAGCUCUUGCGAAGAUGCAGUGGGAAGCGCCUCAGCAAAGGCAAGAGGAGUCGCUGCGACAGCACCCACGCCGGGAUUGCAAGGAGCGUGAUGAAUUAAUGCAGCGCGACUUAGGAGGUUGCUCGUGAUAGUGUUGGUUUAAGAAAUCAAAUUUCAACGCUAUUUUUGACAUAAGUAGUUGUAGAAGUAGAGACACUGCAGCUUUCGAACGGAAGACGCACGGGAAGAGAAGAUAGAACUAGGAGAUAUUUUAUUAUAGAUAUGCAUGAUUAUUUUCCUUUUCCAUGUAGUUCUUCAUAAAGAUCGUAAUUAUCCGUUACGUCGAUGAUAGGCUAAAUAGUUUGAAAAGAGAUUGCACCAGUUUUCUUGCGAUGAGUUCUUUGAAAAAGCAAGGAUAGUAAAAAGCAGCAGGAAAAGACAAAUCACUACGGGCCCAACGAUUACUACAGUGCGAAAAUUUUAGGGUAAAAGAUUGAUAUAUGUAGAGCAAAUUGGUUCCUUGUUUUGCGCGAAACAGAAACCGACAUAAUGGGGGGAUAGCGCUGACACAAGGCUUUUUCAUCUGGAUUCUCCCACUCGAGUCUUGCCUUCUGCUUAUACUUCUUGUCUUUUUUUCAGUAGCAAGAAGCCAUUGGGGGUAGGGGGGCUAAAAGAUUUCAUUUCGUGAAUUCUCGAAAGGAAGACACGAAUCUGGCAAAUACGUCGCUUGCGAUGUUUGCCUUUACAAGAAUCCCCUUAAGUCGUCGUACUCAGGCGAGUGACGUGAAGUUCGAUGUUC